UUUGGCCGGAGUGAAGACGAAUCUUUGGCGCCAGGAGCGAGGGACGGUUCCCUGAAGGCCGGAGUACGCAUACUUUUGAGCCUUCCUUGAGAUGGAGGCGAAGGGAAACUUGUAGCUCUGAUGUGUGUGAGAGAGAGAGAGGAGAGAAGAGGGAGGAGAACCACCUUGAGGAACGAACGAGGAUUCAAUGCCAGCAAAGUUGGCGUGUUCCUCACAUAGGGAACACUACCUCCGCACCUUCUACACCCGAUUGAUCCCUGCACAACCACUAAUAGAGACUGCAACUCACCGAAAAGGAACAAGAGGACAGGGAAGAGGGAAGAGGAGGAGGAGAAGGACUAGUACAAUGAAAAUGUUGCACGCUGUGAAUCAUCGUCUCCCGCGGAGCAAACACUAGAUGAACAAGAACUUCAGUCGAUCAGUGCUAGUUGAUAGUCCGGCUUGGACCUUUACCAUUCGUGACCUGGAAUCGCACACGUACCCAUGAUGGUCAUGGUGAUGAUAAUCUAGAAUAUGUUUGAGUGCUUUGGUCCUUCCCUGGCCUCGACAUCCUGAGAACCUGAGAAGAAGAAAAACUGUGCCUGAUGAACUGAGUGAAAAGUCUUUCAACAACUUUUGUAAGUGAUCUACAAUCUGUGGCCCUUGUUUUGGGGUCGUUGUGGCUUAUUUGUGGCUUAUUUGUCGAUCCUGAAUUGAAUCCUCAGCUGAUUUCGCUUUAAAUCUCUAAGCAUGAUACCCGGAGACAUGUUCAAUUAUGUUAAAAAGGUGCUUGGGCCUGAAGGUGGGCCUCGGACACCCAGGGCCCCACGGACGCGUAAAGUCAAAACUGCAGCGGAAAUGGUCAGCAAAGAGAAUGCCGUGCGGCAACGCUAUGGAAUGGAAAUCAAAAAGACUGGAGGACGAAGCGAGGAUGGAACUUUGGACAAGCUCAAAGAAACUUUCUCCACCGGAUUUCAAACGGCAACAGAAACUGUAACCAAGUUGACUCCGGGAUCUGGAUCAUGCCAACCAAUCACCACAGCCUCUGUGCCCACAUUUCAAAGGAAUUCCUCGGCCACCACGUUAUGGAAGUCGGCUAGCUCAACGGAUACCACAUCCAUCCGCAAGUCAUCCAUUGCCACGCCCACCACCACCACCCCACCCUCUCUUGUGGGUGAGGCCAGCGGUACUGAGGAGUCGAACACCAACGCCAAAUCAGAUGGCACGAAUGCCACUUCCGCCGUUUCUGGUGGAGGCAGUGGAGACUCAUCCAAGUGCAAAGUAUGCAUGAAGGUCUUCGGGAAUGAGGAGUUUUUCAAGGUCUGCUCCACAUGCAUUAUGCCCGUGUGUGAAGACUGCAGUGUGUCCUAUAACGACGAUAAUCAUCCGAGUCAAGCCAAAGUUGAGCCGGACAACUGGGUAUGUUCCAUUUGCACCCGACGACGAUCCACACGAGAUGAGAGCUUGCUAGCCAGCAGCAACAAUUACCUGAAGUCCAAACAAGGCAAUGGUACAAAGCGUGUGGACAUGAAGCACGAAUCUUUCGACGUGGCCUCAGGAGGAGGUCUCAUGGUCCCACAAGUGCCUCAGGCUCGACGACACAGCACCGGAAAUGCCGCUGCCAUCGCAGCUUUACAAGCAGCCAAUAAUCAAAAUGCGGCUGCCUCGGCGGCUCCAGGCUCACUGGCACAGGUCGCCCCCGCCAGUACUAAGAAGAAAGGCUCGUUCGAUGGCGGCCGGGUCGCAUCAGCCCAUCAGCCACAACAGGUGCUUUCAUCCUCCCCCCGACCCAGUGGGCGUGUGACCUCCCGCAGGCCGAGUGACAACAAUCUCAAUGCCUUAAUGGAUAAUGAUCCCAUGGGAGGUGGUCCUCCUGGUGGUGGUGGCGGCGCGAACAUGGGUCGUCGGUGCUCCAUGGCUGUUCCUCGUAGCCGAGGUCCAGGAGGUGAGGCCAAUGGCAAUGAUAUGAUGAAUGUUAUUUCCACACGAGGCAUAGCUGCCAGGGGACGCCUGAGCUCGUGCCCAAAAAUCAAUGCCUCGGCAUUUUACUCACAACAACAGCCGCAAUCGCCGUCGCACCAACCGCCCAAGCAGCGAUCACAGAUCAUCUUCAGUAAAGAUAAGAUGUUCAACUCUGAAAGCUCGGGCGAGGACCUGUCCUCGGCCCAUGCUUUGGCCAUUGUUGCUGCCCGAGAUUGGCAAAACAAUGCCCGUCGACGACGACGACACACCAGCAGUAGCUACAGCAAUGUCAGGUAUGGAAGCACCUCGUCGGUCUCCCAAGACUAUCUCGGUGGGGAUUUUUUGGGCAUCGGCAAACCUUCAGAAGAAAGAAGAUCCUCCUUUGAAUCGGCAUGUUCUGACUCAGCGGCCUUGGGACAAGUUCGAGAUCGCUUCGUGGACGAAGAAGCCUCUCGGAGGUUUCAUUCCAUGGAAAGAAGCUCACAUCAUCCCCAACAACAAAAGCCUCUACCACCACACCCACAACACCUUCAACAGCAACAUCAACAUCAACAACAACAACAUGAGGCUAUCCGCAUUGUGGUUGACCAUGUGGACACUUCUGGGGCUCAAGCAGGAGGAAUGCGUAAAGUUCGCAGCCGAAGCUCUUCCAUCGUCCCUCCCCGCGAGUAUCAGAUCACACUGUACUGCGACAGCCACAGCCCCUACGGUUUCGGCCUCCGCGUGGUGGGCGCCGAAGGAGGUUACGCACGAGUCUUGUGGAUUUGUCCAGGGGGUCCUGCUGAGCAAGCGGGUAUCCGAGUCGGGGAUAAGAUCUUCGAUUGGAACAAUAUCCCUCUAUCGAGUGUUCCCUUGGAGCACAUUCCUCAGAUGAUCGAACACUGUGAUAUGGACGCUGUAAAGGCCACCAUCCAAACAGGAGGCAAACCUGACGAGGGCCCUGACCUCGGUGGAGGUAAUGGCGGACGUCGGCUGCCCAAUCUGCCCUCGUCGGGCUCGUCUCCCCGGCCUUCCAUCAGCAUGAGCCGCAAGCAGCCCAGGGAAGUAGGAUAUGUCCAAUUCGGACUGAAUUAUGAUGAACCCAAUUUGUUAGUGACACUUUGGGCGGCUGAGAAUCUCCAGAGCAUUGAGAACCACGAAGAUGUGUCGCUCCCUCAACCUUAUGCCAUUGUCAGGCUGUGCUUAUAUGGUCGAAACCGUACCUUCACCACUGGAGUGGAGGAAUCGACACCCCAUCCAAUUUGGAGGACGAAGCAUCUCUUCACGGAUCUCGAACGGGACGAGCUCAAUGCCAGCCAACUCGAGAUCAGUGUGUGGAACUACUCGAACGCUGUCAAACACGAGUGUCUGGGCAAAACCUUGCUCAGCGCUCCUGACGUAGACCUGGACGGUUCACUUCAUUGGUUUCCUUUGUAUCUCUCUGAUGGAAACGUAAAGUCAUCAGAAAGUCAAUCCCUUGGGACGACCGAUAUGGUUCAACAGGGACAUUUGCGAAAGUCUCAGGAUAUGGGACAGCCAAAUCAAGGCAGUGGAGGUAGUUCGAGCAAUGGAGCAGGAAAUGGAGCAGGAGGAGGAGGAGGUGGUGGAGGCGGUGGAGGACUUAAUCCCAAUGCUUAUUUUGGUCCCGGAGGCAGAUACAACAUGCGUCGAAAGAGCGACUGUGGAGGAGCGCCCAUUGUACUCCCACCAGAUUUUGGCAAGAUGAAACGCAAUCAUUCCUUGGACAAAACCAAUGACUUGGACGAGUUUGUCCUUCGAAGUGGGUCAAAUAUGGACGCGGGAGGGUUUGGAGGCUCCUACCGACAAUUGGCGCAUCACGGCUCUGGACGGCAAUACAACUAAUUUUUGUUGUAGAUGAAAAGUGCCAGCGUGUAUAUGUGUGCGUGUGGUUGUGUAUUUGGAGUUACCUUUCUUUUGCAUCUGGAUCCCUCAGACAACCCAAGAUACAGCCUAACCACGGUGAUAUCAAAAUACAUAUCACCCAAACCGAAACGUCUACUUCAACACAUCCUUACUUCAUUUUCUCAUCGUCAUAUCCUCGGUGAAACUAUUUAUCAACUGAGAAACUCACACAUAUCAACUUAUGACAUCAUCAUCAACAACACGAGUGCAACCACUUAUGUUAGUAAUGUUUAAGAAAUGCGGAUCCAUAUCGUUUUCAACAUGAAUCUUCUUGUCAGCUUUCCCCGCUCCUUCAACGUCCUCGAAUCGAUUGAAAUGUUUCGUUUUCGCAUGGCUGAUUGUCAUACCACAGAUCCAUUAAACAAAAAGUGUCAUCUACAUUCUACAGUAUUCUUUCAGACUAGUGACAUUCACUUGUCCUCCUCGUACAGUCUUUUAAACCAACGUGUUCUUCAACCUCAAACAUGAUUCAUCUCUACUAGUCGACCUACUUAGCAAACAACUAAUAAACACAUCA